CCGCCCUUAGUGGCUAACGGUCAUUGCGCUGGGGUGGAAGAAGAAGAUCACUGCCGCACUGUGAGGAGGAAGGAGAAGGAAGAACAAUGUUGAACCUUGCCGCGACGCUGCCUUUUCUCCCAUUCCUGCUUGUGCAACUGGAAAGUUGGAGUGGAGAGAUUCGCUUGUUAGAUGCCCGAGCAGACAAACAGUACCACGAGGGAUACGCCUUCACCCUAUGGAAGCUGCCGUCGGACGUGGAAUGUAGAGACCCCAGGCGGCAGGCGGUCGCUGUACGCGAGACCACUUCACCCUUUUGGCCCAUGCCACUACGGUUCAAGCAGCUCAAGAGCGGGUUCUACUGCUUCACAGCCAUCAAACGAAACUGCUACCGCAAAUGCCACAAUGUCACCUCCGCGGUCACACAACUUCGGGGAACCAACCCUCCUCCACGUUGCUGCGACGCUCGCGACGUCCACUUCACAUGGACUUCGAGCGACAGCGUCUUAGACGUGACAGUCACCACCACACGAGACAGCGUCGCCUGUCGCCUGUUCCUGGUCACCAUUUGGCCGGUGCCUCUGUGGUCGGACGUCUGUUACGAUCAGCUCAACAAACGUCGCCAUAUCACACAUCAGGCCGCAGCAAACUCGACCACAAGCUUCUUUACGCUGAACAAGAGCGAAGCUUUCUGUGUCACUAUCAUACCUGGAUGUUUUGAAUGCCAUCUACAAUGUCCCGUGCUUGCUACCCAGAAGGUUGCCAUCGGAGCGGAGUUCAACUACGUAGUUCCUACUGAAGGUGAACGUGUGGCUCAAAACGAUACAUUGGAACACAUUAUUCGAUUCGUUUUUGUUGGAAGCAUCUUAUUGUUGGCUAUGUGGACGGCAGUCAUUGUAAGAAUCGUAACAACUAUUACAGUGUCAACAAGGGGCCAGAUUGAUGUGUAAUGUGUCGUCCACGUUCAUUGCCCAAAUCCUAUUUUUGCCUUUGCGUACUUCGUUGUGUUUGUUCCCGGAUAUUCGAAGUCAUAAAAGAUACUUUUUAAUGUUGUA